AUGGCUAGAAAUUUACUUUGUAGAACCAUAUUUUUCAUUGCUUUGGCCUGCUCAUCGACACUGGCUUGGUGGCCUUUUGAAGGCGAGAAGGUAGCGGAUCCACCGACUGAGGUUAAGGACGAUAAAGGCGAGAAAACUGGAGAGUUCUUGCGAAAUAGUCCGGUGCCUUUUGAGAUGUCCGUCGCAGAACAGAAAUUUUUGGCCGAAGCGCAAAGAUAUAUGGGCGAUAUGGCUGCCUUGGACCAAUGUCACCAAGUGAUAAUCACUCGUUUGAGAAAGUCUUGUCAUGAACUGGGUGAGGAAGAGAUUGGAAAACUUGCCGUAUCUUUGUUCAAUUGUCAGUCGAAAGCCGAAGGCCGAGCGCUGUACUAUUGCUCCGACGAAAUGAGCCUACGAGAUUGUACCUCAGGAAUGGACCCGGAUGCAUGGAACGCUUAUCACAUCAUUAGCAAUCGCGCCAGGUCUGUUUGCUAUGCAACCAGGAAUCAUCAGUUCAGAUUGAAGACCGAAUAUCUCGUGAAUCAGCUCGCUGUUUCAGCUGGUGAUCAAAUGAACUUCCUCGAAAGACUGAAGGUCGGUCAAGAAAAUCUCAACCAGGCGACAAAAGGAACGCUGGACAGACUUACCAGCGGUCACAAAGAUCUCAUUCAAGAACAGGUCAAGAUUCGCAGCGAGUUUGGAAACGUGAAUAAGGAGCUGACGACGAAAAUUAAGGAGAAUGUCGUGGCUCUUGAUUACGAAAAGAGAGUUAUCAAGGAAGCUGAGAAACAACUUUCUUCUAUGACUGAGGCUAUUGCAAAUGCACUUGAAAACACGACUGCGGAACUGCGAGAGCAGGAUGGGAAGAGAAAGGAGGAACACGCAGCGGUUGUUGAGGAUCUUGAGGAGAUUAAAGCGAAGACCAUGGAUACCUGGGGAUUGAUUGAUGAAAAGACUGGCCAGAUUCGAGAACGACAAGACGAAACAUUGGACCAUCAUCAGAACAUCAUGGAUAGCUUGCACAAACUGAACGAUACUGUUGCAUUCAUAUUGCAAUCGAUUAAAGAGUUCGAAGAAAGAUUCGACGUUCGUCUUUCCUGGUUGGCGAGCCAAUUUGGAGGGACUGAGAACAGGCUUGGUGUCCUGACCACAUGUUUUGGCCACUUCCUGUUUUUCGUUGUCAUGACAAUAUUCGUGCUCUUCAUCAAUGCUCCCGCUAUACCCCGUGUGGUCACUCUCAUCCUCGUACCAUUCAAUGCCUGGGUCGAGAUCAAGCUAAUGGCGGGAAUGUCGUACAUGACGAUGACAAUGUUGAUAUUGGCUGUAAUUAUUGGCCAAUAUGCCUUCGAGGUCGCACAGAAAAAAGCUAACGCUUUCAAGGCUGAAUUAAAAAAUCUUGAGAUGGAGCCAAACAAGAACUAUAUCAACAGCCUGCCUGCGCCUGAAACAAUCGGGCCUUGUACGCCAAUCCGCCCUGGAGGAGGAAAUUUUGCGUAUUACAACGGUAUCCAAGAUUCAUCUUUACCAAGAACAAGUUCUUGGGCUUGCGAUUUCAAUCGCUCGUCCACGCCGAAUCCCGCGCAUAUUCCUCACCAUUCCCCAUCGGUCACGUUCAACACGGCCGACGCAGAUAAUGCUAAACGUCAUCUGAACCUGACAACUGAGCAAUCGCACAACACAACAAUAUCAACGACAAUGACGAGCACUCCUUCCAAACGCAAUCUCGUUGCCACUAAGAAAUGCGGUGCGCAAACCAAACUUGGAUCCGCCUGCAAACGAAGGGUCAGCCGGACUGCAAUCGCAUGCGACCACCACCGUACUUGAUGUAAUAUAACUGUAACAAUACCUAGUGUGAGGUAGUAAUU